GUGCCCGAAAAUGUAAACACACAAAUUGCGCGAUAUUUUAUUUGGCUGAUACUAUUUUUCGCAUGCGUAAAGUGGAGUCAAGUUUAAUUAUAUUACAAUUUACCACGGCUAGCGUUAUCAUUAGCAGACAAGUGAGGGAAUAUUUUCAGCUCCUUAUCAAAUCCGCAACGAGUAAGAUUGGAUCAACGCUGGUUAUUCCGCCGUCGACUAGGUUAGGAAUUGUUGACAUCAACCGUCGUUUGCGUGCUUUAGUGUCAUUUUUUUGGGGCUAACACAUUCUGCGCCUUGUUAAUUGCUGCAAUAGCCAUGGAUUAUCCUGCUACUCAAGUGUUCGUCAACGACGAUGACGAUAAAAGUGAGGAUGAUGAAGAUGAUGCUGCUACGCCUCUUCGAGCAGAGAAAAAUAUCAAAAUUGGAACGCUUGUCGUCGAUUCAGAUGUCUAUCCCGUUUGUCGAGGCUUCAACAAAGUCGGCAGAAUUGACUCAUGCGGCAUUGUCAUUGGUCACGAUACAAUAUCGAAAGAGCACGCCGAAAUCGAGGCGGGAUUGGGCCCAAAAUCGACCUUCAUCUCGGAUCUGGGAUCAUUGAACAAGACGAGAUUAAACGAUGCAGUACUCCGACCCGGGAGAUUGUACCAGCUGCAGAAUGGCGACGUUCUCAGGUUUGGUUCUGUGCGAGCAGUCUUUAAGGUGGACCAGAGCAGAGACGGUGAAAAUACCUCGAAGGAAUUCGUCGUCCCUGAAACCCCGGCACUGACAGCAAAGAAAACGCCUCCGAUCAUCCCGGGCACGCCCGAUCUGUCCUUCGAGGAUGUCGUGCAGGACAAGUCGACUGACGCAAACCUCGCCAGCGAUGUAUCUCUGGUCGCGGGAACUCAGCAGGGCGGAAAUACGACACGGCAAAUGGAUACAGAAAAAUCCGACAUUCCUAAAGUCAACGAUUUAGCAAUCAAUAUCUCGGAAUUGGAAACCCAGACGGCUGUGCCUGUAUCAAAUUCGGACGAGGACGAGGACGAAGAGGAGGAGAAUAUAUUCGACAUGAUGACGCAGAAGACUGGCAUACACGAUUACGAAACCCAGAAGUUUCCGGCGGAAAAGGGCAGCCCGAUCAUCAAAUCCCUACGUGACAUCCACGACAUAGAAACGCAGGAGUUUUCGGUUGACGAAGGGCGACCCAACACGACCAAAAAGGCGGAACCUCUUCGGACAUCGAUAAACGACCUAGAGACCCAACAGUUCUCUAUCGUCGAAGGUCGAUCUCUCUCUGCCGAUGACGCCGAGCCACAUUCGCGCUCGAUCAAUGACUUAGAAACGCAGAGGUUCCCGACCGUUGCUAAGUCGAAUUCGCAUUCGAUAAACAAUGUACAGACCAAAAGGUGCCCCGCUAAUCGCACAGCGAUCACGCGCGAUGGGGACGACGAUUCCGAAACUGAUGAGGAAGGCUUGUUCGAGGAUAGCGGCGGUGGAAUCAUCGACAUGUUCGACGCUCCGACUCAGCUGGUCGGACGCCCUGAUAAGGAGAACCGGCCUCGGCACAGUUACCUGGAAACUGAAAGCAAGGAGGACGUGGGCGAGGUGACUGUCGAAGAAAAGCGUCAGCCUGACGAUGAGGCGGAAAUAACGCGACGUGAAGAGGAAUCUAAAAGAGGGGAUGAAAAAACUUCCGCGGAAGUGUCACGUGAGGAUGCAAAACCAAAACCAAACGACAGCAUCGAAAGUAAAUUGAACAAUAUGUUCGACGACGUGAACGAUAGCGGUGCGGAAGAACCGACACAAAUGCUGACCCAGCAUCUUGAAAGGAUUUUGGAAUCGACCCAGAUCGAGGAACCGGAUGUUGAGGAUGAUAAAUUGGAAAUUACUGGGAAAGAUGACGAUGAGGAGGAAGAAAAAAACGGACGAAAAAGCGACGAGAUGAGAUCGGACGAAAAAUCAACGGUCUCACGACGGAAAACCCUGAGUACGCCAGAGAUCUUCGCGGGCCUGCCGCCAAUCGACAUUCUCAGGUGGUCUGCGAAUGACUCGCGAUCUACGUCGGAAGAGUCCGACGCAGUUUCGUUGGAUCUUAUCAUGAGCUCAAAAUCAAGGCGUACCAAGAAAAGUCGGUUGAAUUCAUCGGAACUCUCCGAACAGUCCGAGAACGUCAAACUGGUCGAUGCGAAGAAUUCGAAAAGUUCGAAGCCAAGCAAACCCACGUCAAAGUCAGGUCCAAAAAGCGUAAAAGUCACAAAAAAUGAACAAAUUGUGGAAAGCCCUAAAGCAAAUGGGACCAGUCUAAGGGGCAGCACUCGAACUAAACCGAAACCGGUGAGUACGCCACUCGAAAUUGAUGUAAAGGUGUCACAUUCGGUGGAGGAAGAAUCGGUAAACGCCGUAAAGAAAAGAUUGCCGCCAAAGAAACGGCGUUUUUCAAAUUCCCUACUUUCGGCAGCGGGUACGCCACCGUCGUCGCCGAUAACUGAGGUCGCUCAAUCGCCGAGAGCAUCGACGAGGUCGAAGACGAAAAAUAAAGACCGAUCUUCUGAGCCGAGCAAAAAGUCUUCGUCGAUCGUUGUUCGUUCGGUAAACAUUAGCCUCGGCGAUGAGCUACCUAUUAGGUCACCGGAAGCUAAAAUGCCGUCGAGCGCGACGAUAAAAGUAAAUUCAGUAAAACCCGAGUCGCCUACUCUGGCUUCGCCCGUUCUUCGGCGGGGCGCGAGGUCACGGAAAAGCGAUACCGGCAGCGAACCCGAGCCGAUGGUGCGUAGCAAGCGAUUGCGGAAAAAUACCCGGGAAGAGGACGAGCCGUCGAGUCCACCGACGCCUGCCAAAAAAGCGAGGACGAAGAUGGCAGAGGAGCGAAAGAAGGAGAAGUCUUCUUCAAAAAAUUCAAAGCAGCCAGCAGCUGUGGAAAAACCGUCGACUCCAAGGACCCGCAGCAUGCGACACACAGAAACAUCGGCGUUGGUCAGUGAAAAUGAGAACGCAACGCAGUCAAGCUUAGAGUCUCAAGAGAUACAAGCGAUUCUGGGAAAUGCCAAUCGCGGAGGUAAUAAAAGUCGCGUUGAACAGAUGAGAGCUUCCCGAACUCGCGAAAGCGGUUUGAAGGGAUUUCCUCUGGUGGAGAAGAGCUUUGAACUUCCUGUAGUAGUCGAACCGAAAAGCAAGAAAAAAGUCGCCGUGUCCAUAGACGCGUCGGUGAAUAAAACAGUUGCCAAAGUUCAAAUCACGAUGGAAAAAUUUGUAAAACCAAAACCGCCACCGCGGCAGCCACCCGCGGUUGCGGAUUCUGAAGUCUGUGAAAAUGGUCGGAGUUUGGCGCAUACUCGUGGUAAAAGACUAUUAGCCUCGCGGAAAACUGUGGAGAAGGAAAAUUCGACCGAAGAAAUUAAGCCGAAGAGAGGGAGGAGAGGCACGGCUGCCGUAACGAAGCGAACGAAGACUUCGAGUUCUGCCUCAUCCUCCGAAUCUUUGGACGAAGAGAUGAAACCGAUACCGGGAGUUUCGUCGCCGCGGAGAGGAAGAAGUUCGAUGUUGUCGCACAGCCCGCCAGGCAGGACGAAGUACAGGAUACUGUUCACAGGAUUGAACGACCCCCAACUCGUGGCGAUCGUUCACAAUUUGGGUGGCACAGUUACGGAAAAACCGGGCGACUGCACGACUUUGGUGACGGACAAGGUGCGCCGCACGUACAAAUUCCUAUGCGCCAUGGCGAUGGCCGUACCCAUCGUCCCCAUCGACUGGCUUAGGGAGAGUGGGAGGAGAGGUUGCUUCCUCGACACCAGGGAUUUCCUACUCGAGGAUCCCGCCGAGGAGGCAAAGUUCAAAUUCAACCUUCGACGCAGUCUUGAAAUGGGAAAAAACCACGGACUCCUGGAGGGCUACACCAUUGUUCUCACCCCGAAUACCGCUCCGCCUCCGGUUGCCGAGAUGAAGGGUAUAAUUCAGGCGUGCGGAGGAAAAGUGCUGGUUAGACCGCCCACAACGUGGCCGAAUAAAUCUUUGAUCAUAUCACGAUCCGAGGACUUGAAAAAUGCAAAGAAAUAUCUAACCAAAGCGCCAAAAUCAGUUCGUCUUCUAUCCGUUGAGUUCAUUCUCACUGGGAUACUGCGGCAUGAAUUAAAUUUCGAUGAGCACAAGUUAGACGUUGAAUGAUGAACGGCGAUUGCCCAAAAUUAACUGAUUGCUUAUACGUGAAAAUCGACUCACUUGAUGGUAUUACAUAAAUACUUACUCUAGCUGAUCUUCCACAUCUUCCGAUCAACACUCCGUGAGACAUGAUUCGGAAUAUCGUUUGCACUUAUUAUUACACUAUUAUAAAUGCCUAGAUAUAUGUAUGUAUAUCAUACUCGUAUCUACGUCUAGUUAUUAUAGAUAUCAAAAUUAUAUACGAUAUUAUCGUGUGAAAAUUUUUCAAGUCAUGAUGGAUAAUAUAAUUAUAGUACAAUAUUUAUGUAAGAUAUUUUCAAUAAUGGUGAAAUAAAAGAAUUUUAUUUUAAA